UAGUUAUUGUUAUCGUAUCUGUUCAUGAUGAUUCUGGAACUUGGUUUCGUUUAAUCGAUGAUCACGCAACUCUUCGGUGUCGUGUUGAUUUUAUUUUUGAAUUUUGUUUCGUUGUGUGAGGUUAUUAGAUCUUUGACUGGAUGAUUCUGUUUUUUAUUUAUUUGAGUACAAUUGAUUGAUGAAACAAGGUUUUGGAGUGAUUAGAGAAAGUUUAUGUUGUAGAAUUUGUGAUUGGAAAGGAACUUGGUUUAUUUGAGUAUGGAGUUGGGGAUGAUUUCACUUGUGAGUUAUUUUAAUUGAAUACGAGAGGAAUGAAAAUUAUGGUGGAAGCAUGGUCUUGAUGAACCAUUUAGAUAGAAUCAUGAUCAUGGAAAGAACAUUACAGCCUAUGAAGCAUGGGUACUCCCUUUUAGGCAAAGUAUCGGUACCGGUACGCGUACGGUAUUUGUAUGAAAAGAUGGCAGGAACUGAAGAUGAAGUGGAAAAAGCUUCUCGCAGUAAUGAUUGGGAGGUUGUAUCUCUCACGGCGUCGACUUAUGCAGCUGCACCUGGACCUGUUGUAGUUGAGUUGAAGGAUGAUGACAAGGAAGAUGCUUAUGAACCAAAUGAAACUGAGACAUCAAAUGCUUUGUUCAUGUCUGGUCACUUUGCGUUUCCACCCAGUCGGCAUGAAAAUUUGCCAUUGGAACCUGACUAUGGUGAGAUUCAAAAUGAAUCUGGAGAUAAAGAUAAUGCCUCUGAAGAGACUCGUGAAGAAGUGACCAGGCCUAGUGGAAAGGAGGAAGAAAACUUGACAUUAGCAGGGUUGGAUGUGUCAAAGGAGUUUGAGGGUAUGCAGUAUUAUGACGAGAAAAUCCACGAAUUAUCUGUUCAUGGAAAACAGUUUGAGGAAGGUGCAACUCUACCAGAUUUUGGUUUGACCGUAAAAGAGGAAAGUAUGUAUCACCCUGCAAAAUACACUUCUUUCCCCAGUGAAACAGAUAUUGGCACUGUGAGAGCAUAUGGUGAAAGCAUAGUUGAGUCUGAAACAACCGAAUCAGCAGAGCAAGAGACAAAUAUGUCUCCUGAUGAUUUAUCACUGUCAAAGAACUCUUCCCAAGAUGACAAACAAAACCCUUCAGAUCUUCCUUGCGGAGCUUGGUGGAAGCGAAGAGCUGCCUCCAUAUAUGCUCAUGCAAAGGAGGCAAAUACAUUUUGGUCUGUUUUCAUUGCAGCAACAGUGAUGGGUCUGGUGAUGCUUGGUCAACGCUGGCAACGCGAAAAAGCUUUACACCUUAAGUGGCAAAUCAGUAUCACUGAUGAGUAACCGUUUCUGCAGGCAAAGAGCAGGGCGCUUUCUCCCAUGAUUCGACUCAAAGAUGUGAUUGUUGGUGGCGGCCAUCGCCGUGGCUCCUUUAUCAGGGAAAGCUCCUCCGCUGAAGGUUAAGGUAAAAAUGACUCCAUGAAUGUAGCUCCUAGUCGUAAAAGUCUAAAAGCUAAGAUGAUGACGAAAAAUUGAAUGUCAAGAGAGAUUGAGAAUGAGGCAUAUUACGUUUGUGAAGUGCAGGUUUAAUACUAGGAUUGCUUGACCUUUACCAAAUUAUGAAUGCUGUUGUUCAAACAUUUUAUAUUGUGAAUUUUCCGGAUCUUUUCCUUGAUUUGCAUUGUAUAGCUCCCGAUGUAAUUCAACUUAUUAAGCUAUGUAUGCUUGCUAUGUGGAAUUGGCAAAGUAUACACCAAAUAUCUUAUGUAAAUUAAACUAAUGAAGUGAUUGUUUUUA